AUGGCAGCAGACCACGAAAAUGAAAGUAGUGAUAAUGAUAGUGAACAGUCCGAAAGCGAAGAACAGGAUCAAAUACCAGUAGAACAAGAAAAUGACGAAAAAGAGGACGAUAACACAACGUUUAAAGAUUUGGGAGUAGUGGAUGUAUUAUGCGAAGCUUGCGAAGAAUUAAAAUGGAAGAAGCCGUCAAAAAUACAAACAGAGGCAAUACCAGUGGCUCUGCAAGGCAAAGACAUUAUUGGUUUAGCCGAGACAGGUUCGGGCAAAACAGGUGCCUUUGCUUUGCCAAUUUUACAGGCCUUGUUAGAGAAUCCACAGAGGUAUUUUGCAUUGAUCUUGACACCUACAAGAGAGUUGGCAUUCCAGAUAUCUGAACAGUUUGAAGCUCUCGGAGCAAGCAUAGGAGUAAAAUGUGCAGUAAUCGUAGGUGGAAUGGAUAUGGUAGCUCAAUCUCUAAUGUUGUCCAAGAAACCCCACAUCAUCAUAGCAACACCAGGCAGAUUGGUUGAUCAUCUUGAGAACACUAAGGGGUUCAAUCUAAGGGCGUUGAAGUUUUUGGUAAUGGAUGAAGCCGACCGCAUACUCAAUAUGGACUUUGAGGUGGAAGUUGAUAAAAUCUUACGCGUGAUACCUCGGGAGCGUCGCACGUAUCUCUUCUCAGCUACUAUGACGAAGAAGGUGCAGAAACUACAACGUGCCUCUUUACAAGAUCCCGUUAAAGUUGAGGUGUCCACAAAGUACCAGACUGUUGAGAAAUUGCUGCAGUACUACGUGUUUAUACCGGUCAAAUAUAAGGACGUGUACUUAGUGCACAUCUUGAACGAGAUGGCUGGCAAAUCGUUCAUUGUAUUUGUGGCGACAUGCGCAGGCGCGCUGCGCACGGCCUUGCUCCUGCGCAACCUGGGGCUGGCCGCUGUGCCGCUGCACGGACAGAUGUCGCAGAACAAGCGUCUGGCGGCGCUCAACAAGUUCAAGAAUAAGAGCAGGAGUGUGCUCAUUUGCACUGAUGUUGCUUCUAGAGGUCUGGAUAUUCCUCAUGUGGAUAUGGUGAUAAACUUGGACAUCCCGCUGCACAGUAAAGACUACAUACAUCGCGUCGGUCGUACAGCCCGUGCUGGCCGUUCGGGCAAGGCUAUCACUUUUGUGUCACAGUAUGACGUGGAACUGUACCAGCGCAUCGAACAGCUGAUCGGGAAGCAACUACCUCUCUAUAAGACGGAAGAGAGCGAAGUCAUGGUCCUGCAGGAGAGGGUCGCAGAAGCACAACGACUUACAAAGAUUGAAAUGAAAGAGUUAGAAGACAAGAAGAAUACAAAAGGAAGAAAACGCGGUGCGGAGGACUCUGACGACGACACCGAGGAGGCUGCUGGGGUGCGGCGACGACUCAAGGGAAAUAAGGGGAAAAACAGACAUGGUGGCAAGAGGCGACGUUAA